AUGCACAAUAUGCCACUCAUUAACCACCCUUGUACGCUCUGCUGCCGACCAACGUCAAUGUGGUGCAGUCGCUGCCAAGGCGCCUGGUACUGUUCGCCUGAACAUCUCCAGAAUGCCGCUCACCAUGCACGUGCACAGGACUGGGCUAGACAUCGCAAGGAAUGUAUACCAGCGACCGAACACCCCGCGACAAAUGGUUAUACGGUCAAUAUGAUCGCGACACCUCCACCAGCCGAACCUCAGUACAUAACAGUGUCUGCGAUACUCUUUUCGCCGGAAGAAGAACGUCCGCGCAUCAUUUCUAUCAGUUGCCGACCAUCACACAAACCUUCCCAAGGAAUGUGCCCGGUACCCAUGGUUCAGUCACACUUCCCCGACAACCAAGCGGAAUCUAUCGUGCUUACACAAGGAUUAAACGGCGAGCCUUUGCGAUUCCCGCUUCAUCUCUGGUACAACACGACCGCAUUGGCCAAGGGAGCCCCUCUUAACCGCUCAAUCUACCACAUCACUUCUGGCGCUGCUCCAAAAUCUUGGUCUGGGACUGUCAUCGUAUUAAAAUUCAACGGUUCUCGGAGACAAGGAUAUUCUGAUGCGGGAUCAAACGACCUUCCUGCGCUUCAUCUUAGAGACUUAGACGUUACGGAGCGCCUCGCCCAAAGCCCCGUUAUUGUCUUUGUCGUGGUCAUCCUGAGAAAAGAUGAGAACCCUGCUCGUUCCUGGCAGAGAAUUUCUGUCCGGGAUGCCACGGCCACUAUCGUUUGA